CAAAUGUCAUAAAUAAAAAAUAUUUGUUGAUUUUAUAGUUGAAGUUGAUUUACUGAAAACUUGGAAUAAUCAUUGAAAUCUAAAUAACUUACCAGAGAUUUCCAUCCUGCCAAUAUUUAUGGAAGGUUCAGAGGAAAUUUGUAAUAUCGAAAACGUUCAAUAUACCAAGACCGAAAUACCACAAUGUGAAGUAGUAAUUGAUGAAGCAGAAACUACUUCUUUCGUAGAUAGCUCGCAGAUUCCCAGUGAAAACAUGAUAACUUAUGUUGUCAUACCCUCAGAUAUAGACACUGAUCGAAUAAUUAUUAAUUACUGCGAAGCUGAGGAAGAAAGUGAAUUUCUUCUAGCUGACACUCACAAAACAGAAAAUCAAUGUGUUUUAUGUGGGGAAACAUUCAAGAAUUGUUUUCUUCUGCAAGAACAUUUCAGUACUGUUCAUGUAGGAAGUGAUCUCAUUUGCCAAAUAUGCAAAUUACAGUGCACUACAGAUCAUCAGUUGCUGAGGCAUUACAAUAAACACAAAUACUCUUGUAAUCUUUGUGAAGCUAGCUUUGCAAAGCAUGAGGAUUUAUUUAAUCAUAAGAAGACCCAUUCUCAGACACUCCCUUACGCCUGUAAUAUAUGUAAUGAGGCCUACUCGUCAACUAGAGAAAUAAGUUUGCAUAUCCGGGAGAAACACAGCAACAAGCGACCACACAGUUAUGAGGAAAGUAAUAAAAAUAAGAAAUUUGCUAAUGAAAUCGUAGUACAAAUUAAGGAAGAAGAAACAUAAUUCAGUUUAAAGAACUAACUUUAUCCAAUUUUAGUAGUACAAGAGUAAUAUAUAUUUGUUAAGAACCUAGCAUUUUUACUUCAACAGAUUGUAUGUGAUAGGAAUGAGUAAAUGUGUUUAUUUGAUCCAAUUAAAAUUAGUUUUCAUAA